AUGCAUCGUCAUUCAUCUUCGUCACACUCGCGACAGAACCCGCCGGUCAUCACACUCUACGACAUCCGUGCAGGACACAGUCCGCAACCAUGGGCCCCGAAUAUCUGGAGAAUACGCUUUAUUUUGAAUUACAAGCGUCUGCCGUACCGCACCGUGUGGCUUGAAUUCCCUGACGUAGAAGCCACGUUACGUUCGAUAAACGCACCUCCAAGCGCGGUGCGCAACGAUGGGCGCCCUUCGUACACGCUACCCGUCAUCGUUGAUCCUGUCCAAUCACCCACCCCUCGAAUUCUGUCCAAUGUCAACAAUAUUGCGGAAUACCUCGAGUCAUCAUAUCCUGCACGGCCCAUAUUUCCCGAAGGCUCACGGGCAUUGCAGUCCUUAUUCGUACACUUCGUGCAAAACUCCUUCGCUCAGCCGCUGCUCCCAAUUAUGGUGCCUCUGAGUCACCAGCGACUCCCAGAGCGCAGCCGUGAUCAUUUCUUCGGAGGACCCACUGGGUAUGCGAUACCGGGCAUGUCAGCGCCGCAGUUAUCCGGCAGCCAACGCGAGCAAGCGUGGAACGCGGUCAAAGAACAAUUCAAUUUUCUCGCCAUGAUCCUUGACAAGAAUACUGGCGAUGGAGAUGGAGUUGUUGUUCAGGGGCAUCACGUGUCCUACGCCGACUUCGCAUUAUGCUCCGUUCUCAUCUGGAUUGCACGCAUGGCUCCCCAUGAUGAGUGGUCUAGAGUCCGUCAUUGGAAUGGAGGGCGGUGGGGAAAGUUGUAUGACAGAUGCCUAGAGUAUAUGGAUGAGUUAUAA